AUGAGGAAGGAGUAUGAUGUGAAUUUAAGUUAUGACAAAGUUUGGCGGUCCAAUGAAGAAGCACUUCGACUUAUUAGAGGGGAUCCAACAUCGUCAUACGGUCUACUACCAGCUUAUGGUGAAGCAUUAAAAAUCAUGAACCCAAGUACUAUUUUCGAAUUUGAACUCAAAGAUGGAAAAUAUUUCAAAUAUGUUUUUAUGGCUUUGGGUCAAUUGAUUAGAGGGUUUCUGGCUUGUAUUCGACCAGUGUUGGUUGUCGACGGCGCGCACCUAAAAGGGAAGUUCAGGGGGGUAUUGUUAACAGCUUUUGGUUCGAAUGCGAAUAACCAGAUUUACCCAGUUGCAUUUGCUAUUGUCGACGGUGAGACUGUAGCAUCAUGGGUAUGGUUUAUGACUCAAUUAAAAGGUGCGCUCGGCGUAGUGAACAAUUUGGUUUUCGUUUCCGAUAGACAUCAAACCAUUUGUAAGGCAAUUGACAAGAUAUUUCCCACUAAAUUUCAUUGCUUUUGUAUACAACAUAUUAAGACGAACUUGUUAGCAAAAUUUAAAGUCGAUGCGAAGACACUCGAGGAACUAUUUCUAAAAGCUGCGAAAGGCAUUCCAACCUCAUCCGGGAUUGAUAUCGAUCUGGGACAAACAUCUGAGAUGGAACUCAAAACGUCAUUUCGAUCCCGGCUUCGAUCCCGAACUCUGUCCUGA